AUGGCUGAGCAGCUGUCGGAGGAGAAGAUCUCGGAACUCAAAGAAGCCUUUUCCCUCUUCGACCAGGACGGGGAUGGACGGAUCAGCAGCAGGGAACUGGGCACAGUCCUGAGGUCCCUGGGCCACAACCCCAGCCAGGCUGAACUGCGGGAACUGCUGGGGGACGUGGGCACCGAGGGCACCGUCGACUUCCCGGAGUUCCUGUCGCUGCUGGCGAGGAAGAGGAGGGAGCCGGAGGGUGAGGAGGAGAUCAGGGAGGCCUUCCAGGUGUUCGACAAGGAAGGCAGCGGGUGGGUGAGCGUGGAGGAGCUGAGGCACGUCCUGACCCACCUGGGGGAGAAGCUGACGGAGCAGGAGGUGGACGAGAUGCUCCGGGAGGCCGACGGGGACGGCGACGGGCGGGUCAAGUACGAGGAGUUCGUCAGGGUGAUGAUGGAGAAGUGA